UGUCUGUGUGCAUGUUUGCCUGUUCUUGUCAUUUCCUGCUGAUGAUCAAGUCAUGCCACGUGGAAGAGAUGUCAGCAACAGCUGUUGCCUCCCACUGCACCUGAAUGAAGACAAUGCCCGCUUUGGCUUGUUGGCAGCCCUCAUCGUCCUCUACCUGCUGUGUGGGGCGGUGGUGUUCUCCGCUCUCGAGCAUCCCUCUGAGCUGCAGGCUCACAAGCGCUGGGAUGAACAGUUGGCCAAUUUCACAGAGCAAAACAGCAUAAACCUGAAAUCACUGCAGGUCCUCCUAAGGCAAUAUGAGGAGGCCUUUGUGGUUGGGAUCCGUGUGGACAAACUUAGGCCCCGCUGGGAUUUCUCAGGGGCCUUCUACUUUGUUGGUACAGUAAUCUCCACUAUUGGCUUUGGCAUGACCACUCCCGUCACGGUUGCAGGUAAGAUCUUUUUGAUAUUCUAUGGACUCCUUGGCUGUGCAGGAACAAUCCUCUUCUUCAACCUGUUCCUGGAGCGCAUCAUCACGAUGUUGGCCUACAUCAUGCGCUGGUGUCACGAGCGGCAACUGCGGCGCUCCGGCGUGGGAGGAGAGGAGGCCAGGAGCGAGGAUGACAGUCUGGAGGGCUGGAAACCAUCUGUCUACUACGUAAUGCUCAUUCUGGGCAUCGCAGCCCUGCUGGUUGCAUGCUGCGCAUCUGCCUUGUACUCUGCCAUGGAGGACUGGGACUACUUUGAGUCCUUCUACUUCUGCUUUGUGGCCUUCAGCACCAUUGGCUUCGGGGAUGUAGUGAGCAGCCAGCGGGAAAGUUAUAAAGCUCAGGAGGCCUACCGUCUCGGCAACUGCCUCUUCAUCCUCAUGGGUGUGUGUUGCAUUUAUUCCCUGUUCAAUGUCAUUUCCAUCAUCAUCAAGCAGACGCUCAACUGGAUCCUCGGCAAACUGGACUGCAACAGGCCUCAGUGUCCCUGCCGUUGCCGUCCGUACAGGCGUCGAGGUCGGGCCUGCUGUUGCUGCUGCUUCCCGCGCAUUGCCAACCAACGGCACAACCACCACCCUCCACCGCGAAAUUCCCGGCAGAGGGCUCAAAAACGCAAUGCCGUGCACCCUGCCCCGACCAACGAAGCGUCGGGAAAGCGUUUCACUAAUGCAUCAGUGGAAACAGUUUGUGAUAGUGAGACUGACGCUGGCUUAGGACCAGAUGGAGGUUAUCUGACAGGGCGCAGACUGUCUGGAGAAAUGAUCUCAGUCAAUGACUUUAUGACCAACAAGGUUUCUUUGGCAAUUUUACAGAAGCAACUCUCAGAGACCGCUCACGGUAACCCAAGACAGAGCCAUGUUCGCCAGAACGGCUUCUCUGGUGGAGUGGGCGCCUUUGCUAUCAUGAAUAACCGCCUUCAGGAGACAAGUGUCGACAGGUAGCUCGGUUAGACAAAGAUGACGUUGGAUAUUGCACAUCAAUUGCAUAUAAAGAUAUACAGGAUUUAAUCAUGACUUUCAGUUCAGGGUUGUGUACCAUUUAGAACUGAAUUAAG